GGAUGCUUAGAUCACUGCCUAGUAGUCCAUCUAAAGAAAAAGACGAUGAUUGUGCUUCAAAUGUUUUGUCUAGGUCCGAUUGUUGUUUCGCCAGUUUAAACCGGACGAUCUGGUUUUUAGAUUUAAAAUGUCUGUCAGCUACCAAAAUUGUUGUCUGCAUGUGUGUUUUUCUGGUUUUGUGUACAUGUGUAAAUUUUUGGGCUAAAUGCUUAGAACUUAAAAUAAACAAUUCUUUCACUUGUUAAGAAAAGUUUUUUAUCAUUAUUCUUUUCCUAAAUUGGUACUACUUUGAAGGUUUCGAACCCGAAUCAUAACCAACUAAAGAAUGCAGAAAACACAACUUAGUGGAGCUAAGCUCCGGUGAAGUAUACCGCAUUUAACCACUUGAGUAAAGAUACUUUCUCAACUUAAGAGUUUAUCUAGAGUAUACAAAGAAUUGAAUGUUCUUUAGAGCCAAUUCGGUUUUGAACUUUAAGACAUGGUAAUUUUUUUGCUUUUACAUAAAUAUAGGUUAUGUGUAUCUGCGACCAAAAAAAAACAUAGGAUAUCUGUAUGUAUUUUUGGUAGGAGAUUUGUUUUUGAUUUUAAGAAAAUUGUGUAAGAAUAUCUUGUCCAAAAAUUGUCUAAGUAUUUAUAAAUAUAUUAGAAAUAUAUAACCUGGAAUGGACAAUAAAAAUAUAGGAUCAAUUAGAUAGGAUCAUACCAAAAAUUUAGACUAGAUACUUACACCAUUAUAGAAAUAUAAUUAAUGUUAUUAAUCUACAAUUUAUACGUAAUAAAUAAAUUUAUUUAACAGUUUAUUCAAAUAUUAUUAUUUACAUUUUACUAUAAAGUAUAUGCUUUUAAGUUUCAUUAUAUUCUAUUAAAUACUGAAUCAUUAUAUUGUAAUAUUAUUUGUUUAUUUAAGGUAAUUUAUUUUCAAUACAGACUUGGUAUAUAUUAUUUAUAAAUAGUAUACUAAAUUAAUGUAAUUAUUUUACUAUCUUAAAAAUAUCAAAGGAUAAAAGGUGAUAAAAUAAUGAAAGGAGAGUGAAUGUAUUUUAAUUUAUGUUUGUUAUUCACAUAAAGUAAGAUAUCUAAGAAUUUAAAACAAUAAAAUGUCUUUCAGUAAUUGAAAAAUGUAAGAUUUUUUACCAUAACGAGUUUGUAAAUUAAUUAUUAUGAUUCUCUUUUCAUUGUAAUUUUUAAAAAUGUUUCCUAGUAAGAGAUUCCCUCUAUGUUUGUAUCGUCAAUAUUAGUACUUGUAUAUAAAACAUUCUUUCUUUAUCACGUUUUCAAUAUCAAAUAAAAAUAAUAAUUGUUUAAUUAACAUAGUCAUCUAAUUAUUCAAAAGUCAUGACAAAAUUCUUGUGUUCGUAUCUGGUCAUCUCCAUGUUUGUUCUCUCAGCCUUUUUGGCUUUGCCAAAUGCACAGAAAAUAUGCAGGGUGAAUCCGAACCUUAGGAAGGCAUGCAGUUUUCAAGAAUGCACACCGCUUUGUCUUCAAAAGUACAACAUGGAUGGCAUUUGUAUCGGAAAUAACAAGAAUAUUUGCACUUGCAUUUACAAUUGUUAAAUUAGAAUGUUGCUAAACUAGACCCAAAAUCUUAUUAUAUGGGGCGUUAAUGACCUUAACUCCAUGUAUUUGGAGGAUAUGGUCAUAUCAUAUUUGAAUAAACGUUUUUUAUAUAGUAUAUCUGAUUUUGAAUGAAAAUCAAGUUUCAUGUGAUUGCCUUGGAACAAGCAAGGUGUAUUUGCUAAUUUUUGGAGGUUGGGUGUAAACGGUGACCAAAAAAUGAAAAGAAAUAAUGUAUUUCUUAUUAUUCUUAAUUUUUUUUACCAUUUAUAAUGAAUUGUUUUCUUUUUACAUUUCUUCUCAUUCUUUUUAUUUUAGUCAAUAAAAUUUGAUAAUGAAUAAUUUUCCUUUCAUUAUUUUACUUUUAUUUCUCUGUAUUUUUUUUACUUAUUCAUAAUGUGUAUGUAAUGGUCGCCAGUUAAACCCUUUCGGCUUGGCUUGGUAUUGAUAGGCAAGAAGUUAUUUAAAAAUUGUGUGAACCGGGGUUUAUAAAACCGGAAAACUGAACCAAACUAAACCAUAAAACCGGGUUAUGACUCCGGAAACAAAAACGCGACAAAAAGAACGUA